GGUAAUUAAUGUAUGAAUGAUUUUUAUCUGAAAAUCAGUAUUGAUAUGUAGGUAGGAAACAGAUGACUUAUGAUUUAGGUAAAUACAAGUCAAGUAUUGUUAAAGAAAAACAAGUUUUUAAAAAAAAAACAACAAAAAUGAAAAACAUUGCAAUUUAAUGAAUGACCAUUUAGAAAUUAUUUGGUUCAAUGUAUAUUGUCAUCAAUAGAAAAAAUACAUUUUUGAUUGCACAAUAAAAGGCCAAGAAAAACCCUUAAAAUACCACACAAUACAAUUUUCCUUCCUAGCACGUAACAAACGUCAUGUUUACUAUCUGUUAACCGUUCAUUUAUUAUAACAUUAGUUCAAGUAUCAAGUGCUACACUCAAAGAUGGAUCAAGUACAGUUUCUGGCCAACUACAGGUUGUAAGUGGUGUAAGUAAAACACUGACGUGUGACACAAGUGUAAGUAGACCAGCAGCUACAAUAGUAUGGUAUAUUGGAACAGAACAAAAACAAACAUCUACACCUAAACCCUUCACGUUCAACGCACAGAACAGUGAUCAUACCAAACAGGUCUACUGUAAAGCCUUUAACACACAACCUGAGAAUCAAGCUGUUAUUUCAUAUAAGGCAACACUUUAUGUGCAAGUUCAAGUAUCAAGUGCUACACUCAAAGAUGGAUCAAGUACAAUUUCUGGACAACUACAAGUUGUAAGUGGUGUAAGUAAAACACUGACAUGUGACACAAGUGUAAGCAGACCAGCAGCUACAAUAGUAUGGUAUAUUGGAACACAAGAGAAACUAAGAUCUGUCUCUAACACCUUUACGUUCAACCCACAGAACAGUGAUCAUAGCAAACAGGUCUGCUGUAAAGCCUUUAACACACAACCUGAGAGUCAAGCUGUCAUUUCAUAUAAAUCAACACUUUAUGUUACGGUAUAUGCAACAACACCUACAAUAACCAACAAAACAACUGGUAGUAUGAUAUUGCUAGAGAAUGAUACAGUCAGUAUGGAAUGUAUAACAUCUGCAACAAGACCAGCUGCCACAGUAACAUGGUGGAAAGGUUCAUCUAGUCUAACAAACAUACAAAACACAGAGAUAAAUCAAGGAAAUCUUAUCUCGGUGAAAAGUGUUAUAUCAUUUACACCUAGAAAAGCUGAUGACAGAAAAGUUAUUUCUUGUCAGUCUUUUCUAUCAGGACAAGCUAACAGACCCAGUGCACAGCAAACUGUAACAGUGUAUUGGUCUCCAGCUACUCCAUCUAUACCAACAUCAGAAUUUCCUUUUCUAGAAAAUCAGACGGGAAAAAGCAUUUAUUGCUCUUCCCAGGAUUAUGGAAAUCCAGCUUCUACAACAAGAUGGAAUAAACAAUAUGGUACACCUGACAACAGUGAUUCUAGAAAACUAAAUUUACCAACUAUGACGUCACAGAUGGAUGGUUCCUCUGUAUCUUGUCAGCUUGAUAAUUAUUUUACACAGGUCAAGGGUUCAACUUUAAUGUCUCCAACUGUAAAAUUAGAAGUGGAAUAUAAUCCAAUUAACCACAUUGUGGUAGAUGGAAUAAUUACGAAGUCUGUGACAAGAAACGAGAGUCAGACAUUGGCAGUACUUUGUAAUGCCACAGGAAAUCCAACACCAACAGUAAAAUGGAUUGGGCAACCCCUGAGCAGUUCCUAUUUGACAUUUGAGGACACUGAUCGCAAAAAUCAUGGAAGAUAUACAUGUAGAGCUGAGGCAACCUCGGAAAAAUAUCGAAACCAUGAUUUUGUUACAGAGACAACUAUAGAUGUAAUUGUUUAUUAUGCCCCAAACGUUUCUGUGAUUAUAAGCGAAGCAGAUCCUGUAGAAAACAAUAGUUUACAGAUUAGGUGUAACGCUUCUGGACGACCAGCCAGCUAUACAUUUACAUCAAUCGUGCAGACAUGGAGAGGAAUAAAGAUAUCAAAUGCACAUUUACCAGGUAAUAGAAAUUUUAAUGGCGUGAUCAACAUUCAGAAACUUCAACUUGAAGAUAGUGGGACAUAUACAUGCCAUGUUAACAAUGGUAUAUCUGACAGAAACCAGCAACUUGACCAGAUUGGAAAAACCGAUGUUUCAAUCAAAG